AGUCAUCUGUUCUUCGUCAUGGAGUACCUGAACGGGGGUGAUCUGAUGUUUCACAUCCAGCAGAGCGGCCGGUUUCCGGAGGCCCGGGCCCGGUUCUACGCCGCCGAGAUUGUGUCCGGCCUGAAGUUCCUGCACCGCAAGGGGAUCGUCUAUCGUGAUCUGAAGCUGGACAACGUGCUCCUGGACUACGACGGGCACGUGCGGAUAGCGGACUUCGGCAUGUGCAAGCUGGAGAUCUACCUGGACAAGCUGGCGGACAGCUUCUGCGGUACACCCGACUACAUGGCACCUGAAAUCAUUAAA